AGCUCAGUUUCCUUUGCAUGUAAGGAUUCAAAACCAAUUCGUCAAUUCCAUACACCAAACUUUUCUCAAAAAAGCAAUUAAAAAACCAAAAAAAAAGCAUUCUGAUAUGUAUUAUUGUAAGCAUUAAUCCCUCUGAUUUUGUUCCUUUUUUUAUGUUUAUUAUAACCAAAAGGACAAAAAAGCACUCACAAAAACAAAGCAUCACUACUCUCUCUGUUCUGUUCUGUUAUGUUCCUUUCUUUUUCUUUAUUCAAUUGUUUUCUUUUUCCUUUAUUUCUUGUUAAUAGAGCAAUUCCAAAACCUCUGUCUCAAUCAAAGUAUAAUUUUUUUUGGAUAUUUCUAUAACCCCAUUUCAAAAAGAUGACAACUUUAGCUUCCUUAACUCUUCACUCAACCUCUAAAUGCUGCUUUGUUUUCUGGGUCAAGAACAAAACUCAUAAAGGAACAAACUUUAACAUUGCAUUGGUGAUUGUGUUGUUGGUGUUGGUGUUUGUGUUUCUGGUUGUGACAGAAACAUGGCUAGCACCAGUGGAACAAAGGGUCCUUUUGAAAUCUCUAGACAACCAUCUAAGAGGAUGAUAAGGGCACCUACAAGGACUGUUGAGUUGCCAAAUGAAGAAAAUAUUAUGGAUAGUGAGAUUGUUCCUUCCUCACUUGCUGUUCUUGUGCCUAUUCUUAGAGCUGCUAUUGAGAUUGAGGAAGAGAAUCCUAGAGUUGCAUAUCUUUGUCGCUUUCAUGCAUUUGAGAAGGCUCAUACAAUGGAUCCAACUUCCAGUGGACGUGGUGUUCGUCAAUUCAAGACUUACCUGUUGCACAAACUCGAAAGGGAAGGGGAGCUUACAGAGAAAAGCACUCAAAGAAGUGACGCCAAGGAGCUACAGGUUUACUACCAACAUUUCUAUGAGAGGAGAAUCCGGGAUGGUGAACUUACUACAAAACCAGAGGAAAUGGUUAAGAAUGUUCAGAUUGCCACCGUCUUGUAUGAAGUACUGAAGACUUUGAGUUCUCCACAGGCUAUUGAGGAAAAGACAAAAAGAUACGCUGCUGAUGUUGAGAAUAAGAGGGGACAAUAUGAGCAUUAUAAUAUCCUUCCAUUAUAUGCUGUCGGUGUUAAACCGGAAAUCAUGGAACUUCCUGAGAUCAAAGCCGCAAUUGCUGCUUUAAGUAAGGUGGAUAAUCUUCCGAUGCCUAUCAUUCAUUCAAGACCGGAUAAUGAUGCCUCUACAAUACCUAUGGAGAGAGUUAAAAAUGUGAAUGAUAUACUUGAUUGGAUUGCCUCAAUUUUUGGGUUCCAGAAAGGAAACGUGGCAAAUCAAAGGGAACAUCUUAUAUUAUUACUUGCCAACAUGGACAUAAGGAAUAGGUCUGCAUCUUAUGAGAUACGUGAAGAAACUGUAGAGAAUUUGAUGGCUACAACUUUCAAAAAUUAUGAGUCAUGGUGUCACUAUGUGCGUUGUAAAUCAAAUAUUAGGUAUUCAGAUGGUCAUGGAAGACAACAAUUAGAACUGAUUUACAUUGCACUUUAUCUUCUAAUAUGGGGAGAAGCUUCAAAUAUUCGCUUUAUGCCUGAAUGCCUUUGCUAUAUUUUCCAUCAUAUGUGCAAUGAUGUAUUCGGGAUUUUAUUUAGCAAUGCCCAUCAUGUCAGCGGGGAAGCAUUUGAAAUAGUAACACGUGACGAUGAACAUUUUCUCAGGGAAGUUAUAACACCUUUAUAUGAUGUUUUGAAGAAGGAAGCAAAAAGAAGUAACAAAGGCAAGGCGAGUCAUUCCAACUGGAGAAAUUACGAUGAUCUUAAUGAAUAUUUUUGGUCUGACAAAUGUUUUAAGCUAGGUUGGCCGAUGAAUCUCAACUCAGAUUUUUUUAGGCAUAAAGAGGAGACACAAACAACACAUCCGGGUCGACUCCGGGGCCGAGCUAACACUGCAGUUGGGAAGAAGAAGCCUAAAACAAAUUUUGUUGAAGUUCGUACAUAUCUGCAUCUGUAUAGGAGUUUUGAUCGAAUGUGGAUUUUUUUUAUAUUGGCUUUACAGGCAAUGAUUAUAAUUGCAUGGAGUAACUUGGGACUUAUUGGAGUGCUUACUGAUUCCGAUGUCUUCAGAAAUGUUUCUAGUAUAUUUAUCACAUAUGCUAUUCUCAAUUUUCUUCAAGUUACUAUCGAUAUUAUUCUUAUCUGGAAUGCAUUGGGGAACAUGAAAUUUACUCAGCUGCUUCGGUAUUUUCUGAAGUUUGUCGUAGCGGCGGUUUGGGUUGUUGUUUUACCAGUCAGUUUUAGUAGUUCUCUGCAGAAUCCAACCGGGCUUAUACAAUUUGUCACCCAUUGGGCUGGGGACUGGGGGUCAGGGUCUCUUUAUUACUGGGUUGUUGCAAUAUAUAUGAUACCAAAUAUAGUGGCUGCAUUGCUGUUUUUCCUUCCACCUCUGCGCAGAACAUUGGAGCGCUCAAAUAAUCGAAUACUUACCCUUUUAAUGUGGUGGGCUCAGCCAAAAUUGUAUGUAGGUCGGGGAAUGCAUGAAAGCAUGUUUUCACUGGUUAAGUACACCCUCUUCUGGAUCAUGCUUCUAAUUAGCAAACUAGCAUUCAGUUACUAUGUGGAGAUAUCACCCCUUGUUGAGCCGACAAAGAUAAUCAUGGCAAUGCAAAUAGAUAACUACCAAUGGCAUGAAGUCUUUCCAGAGAAUGAUAUGCACAAUUUAAGUGUUGUCGUUUCAAUAUGGGCUCCAAUUAUCCUGGUUUAUUUUAUGGACACUCAAAUAUGGUAUGCCAUUUAUGCCACUUUAUUUGGCGGGAUUAUUGGAGCCUUCAGCCACUUGGGUGAGAUAAGGACACUUGGAAUGCUCCGCUCCAGAUUUCUCUCUGUACCACAAGCGUUCAGUGAAAGCUUUUGGACUGGUAGAAACAGAAAGAAUAUGCAGGAGGAAUCGGAUGAUGCAUACGAACGGGAUAAUAUUGCAUAUUUCUCUCAGGUUUGGAAUGAGUUUAUAAAUUCUAUGAGAGAGGAAGACCUCAUCAGUAACAGGGAUAGAGAUUUGCUUCUUGUUCCAUACAGUUCAGUUGAUGUUUCUGUCAUCCAGUGGCCUCCAUUCUUGCUUGCUAGUAAGAUUCCUAUAGCUGUUGACAUGGCAAAAGAUUAUAAGAAGGACGAUGAUGCUGAUUUGUUUAAAAAGAUUAAGAGUGAUGGUUAUAUGUACUCAGCAGUUGUCGAAUGCUAUGAGACUCUCAAGGACAUCAUACUGAACCUUCUGCUAAGUGCAGAAGAUAGGAAGGUUAUAGAGCUCAUAUGCGCCAAAGUAGAAGAAUGCAUUGAAGAAGAAAAAUUUGUCAAAGAAUUCGAUACAAGUGGCUUGCCUUCACUCAGUGAGAAGUUGGAAAAAUUCUUAUCUCUAUUGAAAGAUGAAGACAGCAAGCAGGAGUCUCUGAUAGUGAAUGUGCUGCAGGAUAUUGUAGAAAUCAUCACACAGGAUGUUAUGGUCGAUGGCCAUGUGUACGUUUUAAAUAUUGAAUGGGAUAGAUAUUGGUGUAUGAAUUUUUUUUAUUUAAAAAAAAAACUAUAUUAUAUAAUUUUCUAUGAUAUUGUUUUGGUUCUUUUCUUCAGAAUUCUUCAAACACCUCAGCAUUAUAAUGUAGACAAACAGCAGAGGUUUGUUAACAUCGACACUUCUUUUACACAGAAGAGAUCAGUGAUGGAGAAGGUUAUUAGGCUUCACUUGCUUUUAACAGUCAAAGAAUCGGCUAUAAAUGUGCCCCAAAAUAUUGAAGCCCGUCGCCGUAUUACAUUCUUUGCGAACUCCUUAUUCAUGAAUAUGCCAAAGGCUCCAAAAGUUCGAGAUAUGUUGUCCUUCAGUGUUCUAACACCAUAUUACAAAGAGAAUGUUCAAUAUUCCAAUGAUGAACUCAAAAAAGACAAUGAAGAUGGAAUUUCAAUUUUAUUCUACCUAACAAUGAUAUAUCCUGAUGAAUGGGCCAAUUUCGAGGAGCGCAUAAAAACUGAAAAUCUUGAAAAAGAUCGGGAGGAGUUUGUUCGUCAGUGGGCAUCUUACAGAGGGCAGACACUCUCUCGGACAGUGAGAGGAAUGAUGUACUAUUGGCAAGCCUUACUCCUUCAGUACCUCAUAGAAAAUGCAGGAGAUAAUGGUAUUUCUGAAGGCUACCGGACAGUUGAUUACAAUGAAAGAGAUAGGAGGCUUCUUGAACAAGCAAAAGCUCUGGCUGAUUUAAAGUUCACCUAUGUCGUCUCAUGUCAACUGUACGGUUCGCAAAAAAAGUCCAAAAAUACUUUCGACAGAGGCUGCUACAAUAAUAUUCUCAAUCUGAUGGUAACGCAUUCAGCCCUUCGUGUUGCUUACAUAGAUGAAACAGAAGACACGAAAGGGGGAGAGAAAGUGUAUUAUUCUGUUCUUGUCAAGGGGGGGGAGAAGUAUGAUCAGGAAAUAUAUCGCAUCAAGCUUCCUGGUCCUCCGACGGAAAUUGGUGAAGGGAAACCUGAAAACCAAAAUCAUGCCAUUAUAUUUACCCGUGGAGAAGCUUUGCAGACCAUCGACAUGAAUCAGGAUAAUUACUAUGAAGAAGCUUUCAAAAUGAGAAAUGUAUUGGAAGAAUUCCAUGCACAUAAAGGGCAAAGGAAACCAACUAUAUUGGGUUUAAGAGAGCAUAUAUUUACCGGAAGUGUUUCAUCACUUGCUUGGUUUAUGUCAAACCAGGAGACCAGUUUUGUGACCAUUGGCCAACGUGUUUUGGCAAAUCCUUUAAAGGUCCGAUUUCAUUAUGGUCAUCCAGAUAUAUUUGAUCGAAUCUUCCACAUAACCAGAGGUGGCAUAAGCAAAGCAUCAAAAACUAUCAACUUAAGCGAGGAUGUUUUUGCAGGGUACAAUUCAACUCUACGCCAAGGAUAUAUUACACAUCACGAGUACAUUCAAGUUGGUAAGGGGCGAGAUGUUGGAUUGAAUCAGAUUUCACUCUUUGAGGCUAAAGUUGCAAAUGGAAAUGGGGAACAAACACUUUGCCGUGAUGUUUAUCGUCUUGGUCGACGAUUUGAUUUCUUCAGAAUGUUGUCAUUCUACUUCACAACAGUUGGCUUCUAUUUCAGUAGCAUGAUAACCGUGCUGACAGUGUAUGUGUUCUUAUACGGACGAUUAUAUAUGGUAUUGAGUGGAGUCGAGAGAGAAAUUCUUCAAAAUCCAGACAUACAUCAGAGCAAAUCACUUGAACAAGCCUUGGCAUCUCAGUCUGUUGUUCAGUUGGGCUUGCUGCUGGUGCUUCCCAUGGUUAUGGAAAUCGGUUUAGAGAAGGGAUUUCGCACUGCCUUGGGUGAUUUCAUCAUCAUGCAACUGCAAUUAGCUUCUGUGUUCUUUACUUUCCAGCUUGGAACAAAAGCUCAUUACUACGGAAGAACGCUCUUGCAUGGAGGUUCUAAAUAUAGACCAACGGGUCGAGGCUUUGUCGUCUUCCAUGCAAAAUUUGCUGAUAAUUACAGGAUGUACUCACGAAGUCACUUUGUGAAGGGCUUGGAGAUACUUAUACUGUUGAUUAUUUACGAAGUUUAUGGCGAGUCGUACCGCAGCUCAACUCUUUAUUUCUUCAUCACAAUGUCAAUGUGGUUUUUGGCCAUUUCUUGGCUAUUUGCUCCUUUCUUGUUCAAUCCUUCUGGCUUUAAUUGGCAAAAAACAGUGGACGAUUGGACAGAUUGGAAGCGAUGGAUGGGAAACCGUGGUGGUAUCGGUAUUCCAUCUGAUAAAAGCUGGGAAUCUUGGUGGGAUGAAGAAAAUGAACACCUGAAAUACUCAAAUGCCAGGGGGAAAAUACUCGAGAUUAUUCUUGCAUGUCGCUUCUUUAUCUACCAAUAUGGAAUCGUCUACCAUUUGAAUAUUGCACGUCGUAGCAAAAAUAUUCUGGUAUUCGCACUUUCAUGGGCAGUUUUGAUUAUAGUCCUUAUCGUCUUAAAGAUGGUUUCCAUGGGUAGACGGAGAUUUAGCACCGACUUUCAGCUUAUGUUUCGUAUUCUCAAGGCACUUCUGUUUCUCGGCUUCUUGUCAGUAAUGACAGUGUUAUUCGUUGUGUGCGCGCUUACUGUAUCAGAUUUGUUUGCUUCCAUUCUGGCCUUCACGCCCUCUGGAUGGGCCAUUAUUCUGAUUGCACAAACAUGUAGGGGACUCUUGAAAUGGGCUAAACUAUGGGCUUCGGUGAAAGAGCUUUCGAGAGCAUAUGAAUAUGUAAUGGGAUUAAUAAUCUUCAUGCCAACAGCAGUUUUGUCAUGGUUCCCAUUUGUGUCGGAGUUCCAAAAUCGGAUACUAUUCAAUCAAGCAUUUAGUCGAGGACUUAAGAUUUCAAUGAUUCUUAAGGGAAAGGAAACUUACAAAGCUGAUUGACAUGUUAUUAUAAUUUUAAGGCAGGAAUUGGAAGUUUUCAGUUUGAAAAAAAUGGAUCUCACGCUUAUCAGAAAUUUUUGGAAGUUCUGAUGAUUCCCUUUCCACUUUAGCAAAAUUUUACUGACUGAGAACAGGAAUGACUAAAAUAGGAAUUUUUUAUUUUUAAUUUUACAUUUUAAAAUGGAAUAUCUGUGUCAAUAUUGUAUAUGUAUCAGAUGAGUAUAGAGUGAACAUUAUUAUUUAAUUAAUUACUUAUUUAUGUUACA